CGUGACGUCACGAUUGGCCCGGCGUGUUUCUUCAGCGCGGACCCGACACCUCUCUCUCUCUCCCUCUGUGGUCAGUGGGUGAGAGGGGGGAGACGAGCACCACACAGCGGAGAACCGGCGUGCGCCUCCGUCGCCAUCUCGUCGGCUCAGCCUGCCAUCACACCGCCGGUCCUGGAUCCGCGCACCUCGGCACCCGGAGACGCGCACGAUCUGCGUGAUUCUCCAGCCUGCGUCUGAAUGACGGGCGGACGGUUUGACUUCGACGACGGCGGCACUUACUGCGGGGGGUGGGAGGAUGGCAAAGCCCACGGACACGGCAUCUGCACCGGACCCAAGGGCCAGGGCGAGUACGCCGGGUCCUGGUCGCACGGCUUUGAGAUCGUAGGGGUGUACACCUGGCCCAGCGGGAAUACCUACCAGGGCUACUGGUCCCAGGGGAAGCGGCACGGGCUCGGCGUGGAGAACAAGGGGAAGUGGUUCUACCGCGGGGAGUGGAGUCACGGCUUCAAGGGUCGGUACGGCGUCCGGCAGAGUCACAACACGCCUGCUCGGUACGACGGCACCUGGAGCAACGGGCUGCAAGAUGGAUAUGGGAUCGAAACUUAUGGCGAUGGCGGUACCUAUCAAGGCCAGUGGAUGGGCGGGAUGCGGCAUGGCUACGGCGUGCGUCAGAGCGUUCCCUAUGGCAUGGCCACCGUUAUCAAAUCUCCUCUCCGUACAUCUCUGGCCUCGCUGCGCUCCGAGCAGAGCAACGGCACGGUGCUCCAGGACCUCUCCUGCCCCGCGGACAUGCUGAUGGGCAGCCGCGGGGGCUUCGUCCUCAACUUCCACUCGGACAGUGAGGUCGUCACCGGCAAGAAGAAGGGCCUGUUCCGCCGGGGCUCGCUGUUCGGCAGCCUCAGGCAGUUGCGCAAGUCUGACUCUCGGACCUCGAUCUCCAGCAAGCGCAGCUCCGCGAGAAGUGACGCCACCAUGAGCCGCAUCAGCUCCAGCGAUGCCAACUCCACCAUAUCCAUCGGUGACGGCGAGCUGCCAGACGAGGACCUACCUCUGGAGGACCAUGUGGACGCCACCACGACCGAGACCUACAUGGGCGAAUGGAAGAACGACAAACGCAAUGGAUUUGGUGUUUCAGAGCGAUCCAAUGGGAUGAAGUACGAGGGAGAAUGGCUUAACAACAAGCGCCAUGGUUAUGGGUGCACGGUUUUCCCAGAUGGCACCAAGGAAGAAGGGAAGUACAAAAAUAACGUCCUGGUGCGUGGAAUAAGGAAGCAGUUGAUUCCUCUUAAGAACCCCAAAACCAAAGAGAAGGUGGACCGGGCUGUGGAAGGGGCACAGAGGGCUGCAGCCAUCGCCAGGAGUAAAGUGGAAAUAGCAGCUUCCAGAACGGCCCAUGCCCGGACAAAAAGCGAGGCUGCCGACCAGGCCGCUCUCUCUGCUCUGCACGACUCCGAAAUCGCCAGGGCGGUUGCUAGGGAGCUCUCCCCCAACUUCUACCAGCCAGGACCUGACUACGUGAAACAGCAGUUUAAGGAGCCCGUGGAGAUUAAAGAGGUCCCUGUAGAAAAGAAAGACAAAUCCCCGAGAGAUUCUCCUCACUUUUACCGCAAAGGCACAACGCCCCCCCACUCCCCGGUGACCAGUAUUGGAGCCACACCUCCCCCCUCGCCCCACUCCAGCAAGAAGAAAGGUCAUCUUGCCAACAGCACUGGCCGCAAAACCAGCAAAGAGGAAAAGCCGUCCCGCAAGACGAGCAAAGAAGAGAAGUCAAGUCACAAGAGCAGCAAGGAUGAGCGGUCUAACAGGAAGCUGAGUAAAGAGGAGAGGGUGACCGUCACUGACGGCCCCAAAAGUUCUCAUGUGCACAUCGAGGCUCCACCUAAACCAGCUAAGGUUCAGCAGCCUACCCCGGCAUCUGCUCCCCCUCCACAGCCCCCGGCAAUUCCAGUCAACGGCGAACUCCACACAGAGUACCACAGUUACUAUGUCAAGACCCCUACAAGGAUCCCUCCACCCCCGGACCCCGAAGAGGAUCCAGAGGAAGAGCCUAGUGCCCUGGCCCUGGCACGUAUGCCCCCACAGCCCCCUAAGUCCUAUAGCACCCCCACUCCUAAGCCAGCCUCCAUACGGGACGGCAAGAGCGACCAGAAACUCAGGAAGCAGGAUUCCCUGAAGCCAAAGAGCCUCACAGACGCAAAGAAAAGCAGUAUGGAGAUUGCAGAUAACGCAGAAGAAACUGGUCCUAACUCGAUCCUUGUUGCUAUGGUAAUGCUGUUGAAUAUUGGCCUUGCGAUUAUAUUUGUCCAUUUUCUGACAUGAUGAUGCUGUUUCUCUGUGAAGCCAUGGCAACAAGGGCAGUUGCAUCGCCGGCCUUGAGAAAUGAAAAUGGCGCCAGUGAGACACAGGGGUGGCCGUAGGUUUUUGGGAGUCAGCGCGGCACUGAAGAGAGUCGGGAGGAAGGCAUCACUAACACCAACCUGUUAUGGGCCUUCUUUAGGUCCAGCCCCGCGAAUUAGCACUCCUUUGGUUUCUCUAAAAAGCUGAGGUGAAAUGUUGUGUCUAGUGAGAUAUAAGAAAACAAUGAAAAAAAAAAAAGUAGAAAAAUGCAACCAUACAUACACAGUCUGAAAAAAAAAAAAAGUUAUCGAAACCCACUCGUGUGCCGUCCCGAUCACUUGGUCUCCGUAGCCCGCUGCCUUGACAGAGAUAGCUGACGGACGGGCUGACGGACCUUGCUGGAGCGGAAGAGUGUGGAGAUGCACUUUUAGAUGACGGGAGCAAACAGCUGCCUUUCUAUUUUGCCAUCUGACGUUUUGAUGGGGAGCUGUGAGCCCGGCGACCCGGAGCAGGCGAUGAGAACAGUCGUUCGGAGGGCUUUCUGGGCUUCACACUACUCUCGCAGCAGAAACACUGGGCACGGCCGUUGCCAGCAGUCGGUGCUUGCACGGUCACUAGCCAGUCUUACUCGGUUAACCCAAUUGUUUGCCGCAGCUUUCCCCGAGAUCCGUCCACUGUUACCCAGGACACACUGCUGCGAAACGGUCCCUGUGCAUGGUACAGUUUUAACAUUUGUUUGUUUUCUGUUCUACUGUAGCUUCUUUGGUUCAUCGUGAUUCUCUGAAUGUUGGUUACCUGCAGUCAUGCGCUUGUAGUUGAAAAGGUAAAAUUCCUCAUCUCAGAAUGAGUAAAUCAAUUUAUUUUCCCUUUUUGUUUUGAAGAUUUCUAACAGCUGAGUUGUAAUUUGACAUUACACAUUCAUGUUACUGAACGUGCAAUAUGUUUUUUAGGUUGUUUUUUUCAAAAGAAAGCUACUCUAUUUUGCCAAAACAGAGGGUGGUAUUAUUAUAAAAGAAAAUCCUAUAUGUUCCAUUUAUUGAGUCUAAAUCUCUCAAUUUGAACAUGCUUGACUGGAGAAAGUGUUGAUGACCAGCUGGCAUUGUGUUGAGAAAGGAGGUUGAGAUUGAAGUAGCAAAUGUCUUACGUUAUUUAUUGAAUCGGAAGGAAAAUUGCCUAAUGCCUAGACCACUUUGCUUGAAUUCCUUCAUUCUACACUUUGCUUUCAUUGUUUUAUUGUAGUUACCACUUAGUUGCAAAGAUGCAUUUCACGCAACUGCUGCCGUCGGCCCAGCAGCGCCUCCACGCACGCUUAUGAGACUGGAUGAGGACAGUCUCGUGGAUGGUUGAAGGUGAACUUAUUCAGGUCGAGGCCAUGGGGAAUGUGGCGCCAGGGGGAAGGAGAGAUGCCUUUAAAAGUCUUUAGCAGUACGACUGUUUACCUUGGGGGGAAAAGAUGAUGAAAUGGGGGAGGGAAAGAGAUAACCAUCCUUGUCUUAACUUUGUUGUGUGGGGGGAUACUCUUGACUGUUGUCAUCACUUCAAUCGUGUAUUUAACUCGCUUCAUCGUAGCCAUCUGUAGUCUUCGUUGCGGGUAUGGCAUGAGUUUCUUUGAUUUUAAAAGUGGUUAUUUAUAUGGUUGACAUUUACUGUCAUCACUACCAAGAUUGAUUAUUUAUUCAUCGUUCAAAUGAUGUUUGUGAACACCAGUGAUCAUAAAGAAAUAGCUUUUAAUAGGGCUAAUGGGUAUCUUUGCUGCAGUACAGCUUUCCUGUCACAAAAAGAGCAGCACAUUACAUCUGGAGAAUGCUUCCGCCAGUAAGAUGUUUGCAAACUGUCCAUAUAACUACUGGAAAACUACUGAAAAUCUAUACAAUAAAAGCAGACCAAGAAAAUAAAUUUACGGAACGACAUGAAAUUCUUCUCCCUUCUUUGCCCUCUUUUUCUUUCUUCUCCCCUGUCUUCAUACAAAUACGGUGAGGACCGUAGUUUCGGAGGGUUUAACAGAACAAGGUGUUUAUGGGAUAUUUUUUUGAAAUGCAACAUUGCAUGUUGGAGACAUUUAUAUAUAGAUUAUUAUAUACUAUUUGUAAGGAUUUUUACAGAGCACAAUCCAGAAUCUGGUAUGAGUUGGUAUUUUUCUAACAAUUUGCACACCUGUAUUUUGACAAUGAAUAUAACCUGUUUGUAAUUGGUAACGUAAUGCACAUAUGAUAAUGUUUGACAGUGGAAAAAAAUACUUUAUUUCUAAUUGGUUGUACUGUACGUACCAUUUGGGGAUAUGAAAGGCAGAUGUAAUUGUUUGAGUAUUUUAGGGCAAAAUGAGGAACUGCGGGAGACUUUUGAUAUCUCAAGGUUCAUGUUACCCCACUGAUUUGUGCAAAGUCUUUGGAGAUCAAGUUAUGUGUAUAACAAUAAAGAUGUUAUGCCUUGUUAAAAUGAAA